UUCUGACUGCAAGAUAAAAAGGAAAAAAGAACGUGUGAGGAGGAAGAAAACUACUCAGAAACCACACAACUGAGCUAAGGGACAGAAGUUGGAACUCAUACCACGUUCUUGUCACAGCUGCUUUCUUAGGAGCUCAAAGGAUUUCUGUUCCCAGUUUUAUAGUUAAGAUAAGGAAACACCCUGGCCAUGGCCUCAGAGAUCCACAUGCCAGGCCCAGUGUGCCUCAUUGAGAACAUUAAAGGGCAACUGAAGGUUAAUCAGGAAGCCUUGAAGAUCUUGUCUGCCAUCAACCAGCCUCUUGUCGUGGUGGCUAUUGUGGGCCUGUACCGCACAGGCAAAUCCUACCUGAUGAACAAGCUGGCCGGGAAGAAAAAGGGUUUCUCUGUUGGAUCCACGGUGCAGUCUCACACCAAGGGAAUCUGGAUGUGGUGUGUGCCUCAUCCUGAGAAGCCAAACCACACCCUAGUUCUGCUUGACACUGAGGGCCUAGGAGAUGUAGAGAAGGAUGAUGCAGAGAAUGAUACCCACAUCUUUGCACUGACAAUACUGCUGAGCAGCACCUUCGUAUACAAUACCAUGAACGCCAUUGACCAGCAAGCCAUCAACCUACUCUACAAUGUGACAGAAAGGACGGAUCUGCUCAGGGUAAGAUCUUCACCUGAUCUUGAUGAGGUUGAAGUUGCAGCUGACUCUGAGAACUUUCCAGACUUAGUGUGGACUCUGAGAGAUUUCUACCUACAGCUGGAAGCAGAUGGACAGAUCAUCACAGAAGAUGAGUACCUGGAGAAUUCACUGAGGCCAAAGCAAGGUACUGAUCAAUAUGUUCAAAAUUACAAUUUGCCCCGUCUAUGUAUACAGAAGUUCUUUCCAAAGAAGAAAUGCUUUAUCUUCAACUCACCCAGUCUUCGGAAGAAACUUGCCAAGCUUGAGACACUGAAUGACAAUGAGCUGGAUCCUGAAUUUUUGCAACAAAUUACAGAAUUCUGUUCAUACAUCUUCAGCCAUUCCAAGACCAAGACUCUUUCAGGAGACAUUAUGGUCAAUGGACCUCGUCUAGAGAACCUGGUGCUGACCUACGUCAAUACCAUCAGCAGCGGGAAUCUGCCCCGCUUGGAGAACACAGUCUUGGCCUUGGCCCAGAUAGAGAACUCAGCUUCAGUGCAAAAGGCCAUUGCCCACUAUGACAAGCAGAUGGGCCAGAAGGUGCAGCUGCCCACAGGAACCCUCCAGGAGCUGCUGGACCUGCACAGGGCCAGUGAGAGAGAGGCCAUCGAAGUCUUCCUGAAAAACUCUUUCAAGGAUGUGGACCAAAAGUUCCAGAAGGAAUUAGAGGCCUGUCUAGAAGCCAAACAAGACGACAUUUGCAAACAGAACAUGAAAGCAUCAUCGGAUCAUUGCUCAGCUUUACUUCAGGAUAUUUUUGGUCCUCUAGAAAAAGAAGUGAAGGAGGGAAUUUAUUCUAAACCAGGAGGGCAUCACCUCUUCAUUCAGAAGACAGAAAAACUGAAGGCAGAGUACUAUCAAAAACCCAGAAAGGGAAUCCAGGCUGAGGAAACUCUGCAGAAAUAUUUAAAGUCCAAGGAGACCGUGAGUGAUGCAAUUCUACAGACGGACCAGGCGCUCACAAAACGGGAAAAGGAGGAGGAAGAGGCACAUGUGAAAGCGAAGGCUGCCAAGGAUGAAGCACGGAGGUUGGAGGAGUUGCAAAGACAGAAUCAGCAAAUGAUGGAGCAGAGGGAGAGAAUACAUCAGGAACACGUGAGACAAAUGCAGCUGGAGAGAGAGUGCUGGCUGGAAGAGCAAAAGAGGGCCCAGGAGCAUGUACUCCAGGAACAAGCAGAAAAUCUAAACAAGAUAUUCCAAGAUAAACUCAGAGGACUUCAUGAUGAUAUCCAUCAUUGCCAGAGGAAUAAUAACUCACAAGAUCCAUGCAUCUUACUCUAAAGAGCUAAACAUCAGAGCUUCCUUUUCUUGCUCAUGUUAGUGUGGAUACACCUGGAAUGAGAAACUAUGGAAUUUAGGACAAGUACCAUUUAAAAGAACUUUAUAAUUAUUAUAUCAAACUUCUAUAGAGAGUCAUGCAGUUAUGAUGCUGGUAACUGGUAAAAUGUAUUUCUCAACAGUCCAAUAGUUAAAAUGAUGCUCACUUCCUUAAAGGGGCUGUAAAUUAUAUAAUGGAGAACAUUUUAUCACUGCCUUGUUUUGAGAGAGAAUAUUGGGUUGGUUCCAUCAGGAGAAGCUUUCUCUUCCAUUUCAAUAAAACUCUUCUAGUUUUCCA